AUGGCCUUCAAGUUUCUCCUGUCCCGCGGCCACCUGAUCGCCCUGGAAAACCUGAAGGCCCUUUGGGACCAAUACGAGCGCAUCUCUAUUCAACACGCCGCCAGCAUAGACAAGUCACAGACCGGCACCGCCGCCAGGAAGAUUAUAGAGCUAGAAGACUAA